AUGGAGAACAAGAAACUGCUCCAGGGGCCCAACGAAGGGAGCUUCUACACCGCCCACGAAAGAAACGUGCACGGUGAACCUGUAAACAAAGAGAUCGAUGAAGUGGGAGGUACGCAGGGUAAGAUGCAAUCGAAUGAAGGGGUAGAGAAGACAGACAAAAUGCACUUAUCCGAAUGCAAAAUUGUUGAGUCAGAAAAAUUGGGGUGUUCGGGAGGCCUGAUCGAUGCGAAUGACCUAAUGGAUGAAAAGGAGGUGUUUUUUCUUGGGAGUUCGGCUACAUGUGUUGGAAGAAGUGUCGACGAGGGGGGUAGUGACCGGGACGAUGGGUACCACGUGGGUACUAUUCCGGCAGAUAGAAGUGUGAAAGAUGAUGAACGGAGCGACCAGAAUUGUUCUACCCCUAACUAUAACAACGUUAAAGUGAACUGUUACGUAAGGACUGGCGAGUCGAAUUAUCAGAACAACUUAAGUCACCAAGUGAUGAAUCACGGUAAGGUAAAUUUCACUUAUCUGAAUGGUAGGGAGGAUAGCCAUCAUAAGUCGAAUGUAGUAAUGGCAGAUCAUUCUAAGGACAAAACAGGGGAGAACAUACGCACUAUGAGUUUUAAUCACGAGGGAGGUUGUUACCUCAGUCUGAGGAAGAGUUCUCCCCCUUAUUGCACUGGUUCAUUGAAUGGAGGCGAUACAGAGAAUACGCCCCAAACGAGCCUACCCAGUAUCAGUCUUCACUGCGAUAAAAUCACCUUCACACGCGAAGGAUCAAAUACAUAUGAGGGGAAGGUACCCCUCCACCAACGUAACAGUGCCGAAUGGGGGAGUACCCCUAAAAUGCAGACAAAUGUGAAGGAGAGUUCACAUGGAGGAAGAACAAACUACACGAUGGUACAUUCACACAAUCAGAUGAAAAAGAAUUGUUUUAUCCAUUCGGGGAAAUCUAAUGAUGAAGAAGGGGGAGGGGAUCUCUACUUUGUUCAGAGUGGAAAGAUAUCACUACGGGAAUGUGUAGAUGAUUAUAAAACCGUUCGCGACAAUCGAGCAGGGGAAAGUGCCAAUUGUGAUGCAAGUGGCAAGGUCACCAUGUUAACCAGUUUGGAUAAGAACGAGGAAAAUGUGAAGUUCCUACAUGAGGGAGAAAUUAUGAACACGCAGGGGGAGAUGGGUAGGGAAAGGCUCCUCCCAAAUGAGGAGCAUUCAAAGAAUUCACACCCCAUGCAACAUGAUGGAGAAGUGCAUGGACAUGCUUUCCCGCAGGACUCAAACAACGGAUCGACUCCAAAUCGACAUCAUGUACAAAGUAGAAGCGAUAGAAGUGUUUUCCUGACCGAUUAUGGAUAUGUGAAGAACUUGGAUGAUUUAAAUAAAAACAGGAAAGAAGGCAUCAUCAAUAACUCCCCCUUCAGUGCAUACGACUCCAAUUGGGGGAUGGAAAGAUGCAAAGUCGAUAUGUGUAACGAAGGGGCAGACGCCUUUCUAAAUUACCACCCUGUAAAUAUACAAGGUGGAAGAAAGCCAGUUCGAAUUAGUAAUAAAUCAUAUUGUUGUAUUCCGAUGGGAGAUAAUUCAGGUGGAAGAUAUUUCGACGGAACCGAAAGGUAUGCCGCAAAUUGUAUACUGCAUAAACAAGCAGGUCUAGGUUGUGAAAGCGCUAAUGUGUUUGCGGAUGGUGUAAUAUACUCUCCAGGGGGAGAGAAGAACCAUCUCGCAGAAGGCAAUAGACAUACACCCGCCAUAAGAAUGGAUGAAGAAACAACCAGUAGCAAACAGGUACCCUUUAUCAGUGAUAAGAUGCAGUUUAAUGAAUACAAUGGUGUAGGCAAUAUAAAGGGGAAAAAAGCAUUGGGUGAUUUUAGCAACUUGGUGAAGACACAUGAAGAAAACUCGUUGAGUGUGAUGUCGGCACCCCUGGUGGGUAAGUCAGAUCAGAAUGGUUCCUAUGAGGGUGAAGACUUAAUGUUCAGAAAAGAGAAGUUGGAAGAAGAAGCAGCGUAUUUAAAGUUUGAAGGAGAGUUUAAAGAAGAUUUUUUUUUUGAUGAGAUGUUAAGCGGGAUUGGGCCCAAUGCAUCAGUCGAAAGGGGUGUGUGUGCCACGAAUGGUACAAUGCGAGAUCAAGACUGCGCAGAAGAGAGUGGAGAAGAUCACUGCGACCAAUUCAAACGACAUGCGAACAAGGAAGAUGAUAACGAGUGUAACGCAAUAUACAGCAACAGUGAUACAACCAAUGUGAGUUGCAAUGCCCUGGAAAGCAACCAAGUGGUUAAGUGCAACGACGGAGCGGAGAUGAUCACACAAAAUAGGGUCUCUGGAGACAACACAAAAAUUGCACCCACAGGAGGAAGAAGAGAAGAAGAGGAAGAAGAAGAAAGAGACAACGAGGUGUGCCCUCGUCCACGUGAUGGUAGCCUUGUGGAUGAUGCCUUCAAUUUAUUCAUUAGUAAUGAGGAUCUCAAUUUUGGAAAUCCAUGCUCCUCUGGUAGGAAUCUAGAAAAUGGAAUUGCAAACGGCGUGGAGAACAGUGGGGCUCAUUUCUACCCGGAUGAAAGAGGCACAGACGAUAAAGCCAAUGAUGAUUAUAUACGUGAAGCACCCCACGACAACCAGGAAGAUGUCGUGAGGAACUUACUGUACAGUGACUCCUACCUGCACAUGAACGACCUGGAGAACCUAACCCUAGAACCCUCCAGCUCCAGAGCACAACCCGUUUUUUCUGCAAACUCCUACAGCACAUGUGCAGGGGAAAUUGGUGGCAACGAUUCCUUCAUGGCAUACAUAAAAAAGUUUCUGAAGAAUAACUACCUAAAUGACCACAAGAAUUACAUGGAGUUGUUUUACCAGACGAAGGGGGACGGAGGUGUCAGUGGGGUAGCAACAACAGAAGGAGAUGCCCCCCUGAACGUAGAACCAACUGAUGGUCAUCGGGAAGAUCAGUCCAAUCGGGUAGAUCUCCAAACUGGUGUGGUGAAAAGUUUGUUCAACGGCAAAGACGUAAGUGAGUGCGCCCCCACGGGUUCACACGUGGGUGCUGAUUUGAGCUUCGAUGUAGAUCCCAAAAACGACAGCCCCACGGCUACCCUGGGGGGAGGAAUUUCACCCUUAGAUGCAGAUAAUGUGAAUACCAUAAAAAAGCAAGACGGAGGGGACUACCAUCUAGAGAACUUUGCAUGUGAUUCCUGUAUAAAUCACGUUUUCAAAUCUUUGGACCAGACACAGAAUGAUGCUCCUACCUCGCAUGGUAGAGGCCGCGUUAAUCCCCACUAUGAUGUGGUAGACAAUUCUAUGGAGCAGAUGGAACCACUGGCCUUCUCCAGUGUUUACAAUUGGGUUCAGGAGGUAGACAAGGACAUGGAAGGUGAUAAGGGUCAGGUAGACACCAAGGUUAGCAUCGUGCCCAGUGAGAAGUACGGUGAGGGAAGGCUAGUCGGUGGCAUGGGUCGUCCACACGGAGGAGGCGAGCCAUCGAAGGAGGGAAAUGUGAGUAGCCGGGCCAAUAUGAUCAACCGCCUUAACAAUGGCAACAUCUCCAACAUUGAUAACUCAAUCCAGGAGAAGCGGGAGUACUGCGGGGAUGAAGAAAAGGUUCAUCUGUGCGAAGCAGAAAGUUGGGCCAUGGGUUCCGGGACCCAGUACACGACCAGAACGGAUGGAACAACAGGAUUUAACUACAGCGAAGGGAGAAUCGAUGUACGAAGUGAUAAUCGAGUGAAUCAGUUUAAGGAGAAGACCAGAAAUGCAGGCAGGUUUUUGAAAGGAGAUAACGUGUAUUACGGGCAAUCCUCCCCCUUCUUUUUAAAUUCUGCCACAUUGAAGAAAAAGGAGGAAAGUCAUCCCUUUUCCUCAUCAGAGAAAAAAAGAUCCAUGCACAGGGUGCAGGAUGAGAACUCCGGGGGGGUGAGCUACCCAAAUGGUGUUCAUAAGAACGUAUCUCCCAUGGCGGAGUGCCUACCCUACAAUGAGAACUUUACACCUUACCUUCCGAAUCAACGUUAUGGAGAGAAAAUGAACAACUUGGACGAGAGCAUGAAGGUGAAUAACGGAAUGCCUAGCCAUGCAGAUUUUUACGUAGAACAACGUGGGGUGUAUUCCAUGGCUAGCUGUUACGAUGGAAUCACUUCAUCUGUUAGACAAAGAAAUCAUAUAAAGGGAAAUAAGACAGAUGAUAAUAAUUCGAAUGGAGUUGUUCGUGGGAGAAUAUCUCCAGGUAACAGACGAGGGGGAGUAAAUGGUAUCAUCGCGAUUGAUGGACUGAGUACCUCCUCCCUCGGAGUACCAGUGAAUGGGAAUGGUUUAAAUGGGAGCAACGUAAAUGUGCACGUGGCGAACGCAAGGGGCCCCGCAGUAAGUAUGGCAUCAGGGGCGGCGACUAGGACGCUUGAGUACACCGAGCCGUUAAUACGUAAUCACAUAGACGAUAAAAUGAUGAAGGUUAUUUAUAGUGCAGAUGGAAAGGAGAAAGGUUCCCUGAAGUCGAACAGCGAUUGGGCUAUAUGCCAGGGGGUUUGUAGCACACCUAGCAUAGGUAACCUCGCGAAUGGAUCCAUUUCAUACAACCGGAGCCCUUUUGGUGGCAUGGUGCCCUCGGAGGGAGAAGACCAUGAUGAUGGCAGCAUUCUGAAACAGGAGAGCAAUCAACAGAAUGAACACAUCCCAUUUGAAAACGAAGGCUUUAAUAAUCUCUCCAAUUGCCAUAGGACCAUGGACAAGAGCUACAGCAGAAAUGUACCCCUCGAUGAAAAAAAUUAUUCAAUGAUGAACUUAUCGAAGGGAAUGUAUGGAAUCCAAAGGAAGAAGGACGCAGACCAUAAUUCACCAAUUGGGGGGGUGAUGAAAACAUCUAACAGUUACAAAAAAACAUUUGACCAGUGUAAUUUUAUGGGGAAAGGUGGCUCCAGCCGGGAGAAGGCGUACGGAGAGAUGGAGAACAGUUUGGGCGGAGCCUUGGAUAUCCGUUUCGAUAACGGCAUGUACGGUAGGAGGUUACAGAGCGUAUACCACUACAAUGCGAGUUGUGCUCCAGAUGGGAUGGGUUGCGGUAUUACCCCUGUUAGAGGCCAAGGAUUCAACUCUCUUCAGUUCGUUAACUACAGGAAUGGGACGGGAAGGGACAGAGAAAGCAAAGGUCACCACGUGCAUUUGGGAGGGCAUUUGGGGGUGACUAUGGGCACGCCAUCUCACCAUCAAGGUAUGAGAAAUUGCAGCGAUGUGAAGGGAAAGAAGUACACCAACGGGAAUGUUGGUUCCGUGGGCGAUUUUGGUGGCAUUGUCUUGGGUGCUAACGGAAGGGGCGGGAUGACCCCCCCGAAUAAUUUUGCCAAUGCAACCCUAAUGAAUAACUCGCAUAUGAUGGAUUACAGCUUGCCCACCAAGGGGAGCCCCACCUCCCGAUGUUUAUCAGACGACACAACGCUGGAGGCACAUAACCUAAACAACCAAACGAUGAAAUUCAAUAACUCCCUCAUGUCUAGCUACUUCAGCAACGGUUCCCCCAUGAUGGAGAAGAGCGGUGCAGUUUACAAGAACAAAAUGAGUAAUGAUGAAGGCAUCUGUAACUUAGUGGAGAAGAUAAAGGCAUAUGAAAAAAUGAAGUCUGAUUCGAAGGUACAGAAUGGAAGCUUUGCUUACGACGGUGGGAAGGGUAAGGACCAGGUGGGAGCUUCCCACAAGGGGUCCAACGCCGGGGGGGCGAGUUGCGGAAACGGAAUUAUUGGCAGUGGAGUGAAUGACAAUAUUGGGGUGCAUUCGGGUGGCCACACGAUUGCACACGCGAACGGACACGCGAACGGACACGCGAACGGACACGCGAACGGACACGCGAAUAUCCACGCAAGCGCUCAUGGGAAUGCCCAAUCGAGUAGAGCGAGUAGCGCUAACGGAGAGGGGCAUCCCAAGGACAACGGCACCCUGCUCUACGACGAGAAGGAAAAGUUGCUCCCAAAGGACUCACCAAAAUUUGGGGACAAGUUAAGCUCUGUUAAUGCAAAAAAUUUCAACAACAUAAAGAACAAUUACCACAUACCCAAUGAGUCUCCUUCCUCCGACAAUUUCGUUGUCAUUAAAAAGUACACGGCUAAGUAUGAGAUGCAGAUAGAUCCUUUCAACGGGUUUGAUAUAGCGAAACGAAUUAUCGGGCUUAAAGGAACAAACAUGAAGAAAAUUUGUAUCGACACUGAUUGUAAGUUAAGGUUAAGAGGUAGGGGUUCGGGCUACUUAGAAGGGGAAGAGAAAAAGGAAGCAAAUGAAGCGCUACACCUGUGUGUCUCUUGCCAAAAGUACGACCACUAUGUACUAGCGAAGAAGCUCAUCGAGCAACUCCUUGUCAAAAUCUACAUGGAUUACGAUACAUGGCUAUACAACCACGGAAAACCCUACGCGAACUUGAAGCCGAAAACAUAUGAGAAGUUCAUUCCCCUGUUUAAGUUUAACCAAAAUGGAAACGGGAAACAGCAGAACGUAAAUCAAAACUGA